UCUACAUCCGGUUGGUCGAACUCAAUAAUCGUCCGUCGAAAGCAGACACCUGACUGACGAUAAACAGUUCCAGUUAGAAACAUGGCGGCGUCCUUGAGCAGCGCAGGGAGCGCGAGGCUGCUGAGUGCACUAACCCGGUCUGGAUCUUUGUGCAGCUCCUCUGGAAGCAGAGCGCUCCAUGUCACUGCGGCGUGCUGCAAGAACCGAGCAGCUCGUGUGCGAGUCGGGAAAGGAGACAGACCUUUGACCUACGAGGAAGCGCUUCCUCCUCAUUACAUUGGCCACCGCAAAGGAUGGCUGUCACAACACACCAGUAACCUUAAAGGAGAAGAGGGCGCAGCUGAUCGCACUGUGGAGGACAUGUUCUUGAGGCGUUUCAUGUUCGGGACUUUCCACAACUGCCUGGCCAACGAGAUCGUCAUCAAGAGGAGAGGAAACGUGCUCCUCGUGUGCGCGCUGAUGUUACAGAAGCUGCCUCCUCAGAAGUUCUACUUCCUGAUCGGAUACUCGGAGGCUCUGCUGUCGCACUUCUACAAGUGUCCCGUGAAGUUAGAGGUUCAGACGAUGCAGGACAAAGCUGUGUACAAGUACCUCUGAUGGAGGAGGGAUUUAAAAUUAUGUUUCUGUAUAAAUGUGACUCUGUUCAUGUCUUCUUUCUCCUGUUUCAGAAGUUUUCAGCUUAAGCGCUUUCGUGUACAAACUGUCUUCAUUAAGAGAAAUAAAAUCAUGUUUUCAUUUGAAUAUUUAACAACUUA